GUGACAGAUUUUUACCUUGUCAUCUCGGGGAUUCGAUCCGGCAACCUUUCGGUUACUGGCCCAACACUCUAACCACUAGGCUACCUGCCGCCCCUUCACUUUCACCGCCCUGUGAAGUUCAUCAUAACUUAUUUCAUGGUGUCCUCCAAGUUCACUUCGAUAUGAUGGUUGUUAUAUAAAUAUUUGGGGUUCCACCGCCAUUUGUCGCAGAAUACAUUUUAACGACUCAAAAAGGUCCCUCCUUGUCUAGACUAUUUUGUUAUGUCGACAUUUGGAGAGUUUACCGCCAGAUUUGCUGUUUCCACCAGGCCUGUUUUGACAUUUAUUAUCCAAUGUACUUUUCUCACAUAAAAAGGUUGGAUGGAAUCCUGGUUACACACAAAGUUGGAUGUAUUUAAACUGAUGUACGUCACCAUGUCACUGUGUUCAUCAAUGCAAUAAGAACCAAAACAUGCUCAAGUCAAGCCCCUCAACUGUUUCUGUUAUGUGAAAUCCCAGAGCACACAAGCUUAUCUAUCAUCUGUGUUAUGUGAUCUUUACAAACAGUCCAUGACUUCAAGCUGUUUGCAGUAAAUGGCAUGAAGGCUUCAGGUCUUGUGAUGACUGGGGUGAAAUAUUAAACAUGAACGAAUGUAACCCUGUACUUGAUAUUCCAGACUGACUAAUCGCUACAAACUGAGGAGUGUAUGUCCUUUUAACUUCGGUUUAGGAGGGUAAUUAUUGCAAGAGAUGUAGACUCGGACACUGUCAAAAAAGAGGAAUAAAUGCAAAAAAAACUAAAAAUAUCAUGGUGAAAAGAUGAAAACAAAACGCUUCCGCGUCAAGCCAUCAUCAGUGUAAAUCAGAGGCGUCAAACUCAUUCCAUGGAGGGCCUAGUGCCCUCAAAUUCAACUCUAGACCUCGAAGACAGUUCCACUGCACUUUUUAAUUGAUCCCCUCUAAUCAGAGACUGAUUUAGACCUGGGACAUCAGGUGUGUGCAAUUAAUUAUCAGCUAGAACAGAAAACCAGCAGGCUCCAGACCUCGUAGGGUAAGAGAUGAGUACCUCUGGCCUAGUGUAUGCUUUUUUUUGUUUUUUCCUUUCAAUUAGGUGUGGGGAGUUCUUUACUAAUUAGUGACCUUAAUUCAUCAAUCAAGUACAAGGGAGGAGCGAAAACCCGCAAUCACUCAGCCCUCCGUUGAAUGAGUUUGACUCACGGCUUAAAUGAUCGGCACACACACACCUCUGACUUCGAUUUCAAGUAUAAUUGCAUGUGUCACAUGAUCAAGAAAGAAAAUACAUUAAAUCAGUACCUUAUACAAUAGAAUGCAUGAACUACUACAUUGUGUAUAUAAGCGGACAGAGAAAUAUAAUCAAUUAUUGCUUUUAGAAAUACCAUGUGAACAUUUCCUCAGAAUAAAUAACACAGGGUUGUAGAAAAAAACGGAAUAUAGAGUAGGGAGCUUGAAAGAGCUUGAAAGAAAUUUGAUUUGUUUAUUUUUAUUUCACCUUUAUUUAACCAGGUAGGCAACUUGAGAACAAGUUCUCAUUUACAAUUGUGACCUGGCCAAGAUAAAGCAAAGCAGUUCGACACAUACAACAACACAGAGUUACACAUGGAGUAAAACAAACAUACACUCAAUAAUACAGUAGAAAAAUAAGUCUAUAUACAAUGUGAGCAAAUGAGGUGAGAUAAGGGAGGUAUAAAGGCAAAAAAAGGCCAUGGUGGCGAAGUACAUACAAUAUAGCAAGUAAAACACUGGAAUGGUAGAUUUGUAGUGGAAGAAAGUGCAAAGUAGAAAUAGAAAUAAAUCAAUAGAUGGGGGUAUCAAGCUCCAGUAAAACUUACAGAAAACACUUCAAUAACGAUUCUUCAUUCAUGCCUGAUAGGUGGAGAGUUUUUAGAACAUCCACCUGUAUUCUGUCUGGAGAACACUCAGUUCAAGAUUACCACCCCUAUGUGAACGAUUUAUCUUCUGUACAGAAGGACAUGGAGGAGACUGGGUGACCGGCCUUCGAGAAGUGACGUGCUAUUGGGGAUUUAGGGUCAUUUCUCCUUACACCACUCCUGUGUUCUAUAAUACGUGUUCUUAUCUGUUUACUGGGUUGGCCCAUGUAUUGCUUAUUGCAUGGACAAGAGAUAAGGUAUAUGACAUUAGAAGAGCUGCAUGUGAGGAACUGUUUCAUAGUGUAUUGUUUACCAGUGGCAGAGCUACUGAAUUCGCUCACUUUUAUACAGGAGUCCCUAUAUGCCGCAAACCUACCGCAGGGGUAGAAACCGGUAACCUGGUUCAUUUUCUACUCUAUUCUUGUUAACACAGUCUUCUUUCGAAACAAGUUUUCUCUGAGCUUGAAAGAUACUGAUCAUAAGAGAUUUUAUGUGUAAUGUAAUAAGCAGUACCAUAUUUUUUUAAAACAUUGUGCAUACCUUUUUCAUUUAACCACUCCCGUUGUUCUGUGACACCAACCAAUAAGAUCCUUUCUCUUAAGUAAAGCAGAGACCAAUGGAUUAAUAAGAACAUUGGUAAAAAAAAAUUGUAUGAGUUGCGGAAGGGAAAGACAACUGUAUAAGAUCCAGGAAAAGGUGGGGGCAGGGAGGUCCUCAGGUCCAGAGAGAAGGGACGAAGACGUAAUCACAAGGCUGAGACUCAUCAGGCUCAACAGCACUUUGAAAUUACUAGGGAAACAUCCAACUGGGAAGUUAAAUCACAGGCAGAGGGAGAUGGAGACAGUGGAACACAUUCUAUUUCAGUGCCAGUGAUAUGGAAGGGAAAGGGACAGUUUCUUAAGGAAUAAUGGUAUUGAGGAGCCAAGUUUUAUUGAACUGUUAAGAAAACCUUAAGGUGAUAUUGUAUUGAAUUAUAUAUUUCGUUUAAUUGUGUAGGGUUAAACUUUAAACCUUCCCUGUCUCUGAUCCACACUCCAGUCGGUGGCGGAAAUGCAUCUUUAAAGUUGGUUGCCAACCGCUAUUUAAAACCACUGAAGAAGAAUCGUAAACGGAAGGGAACAGGAACAAUUUCUACGUUAGCGGGUUUUGUUGUUAUUUAGACGUUUAUUAACACCCUGGAACUCCACAGCAUCGCCUACUUGCCCCAUAUAGUGUUUAAUUCGCGUUUGAGACAGGACUUGGUUGAUAGAUGUUAUCUAGGUAACGCGGACGUUAACUAGCUAACGUUAGCUGCUAACAAUGGCUAACUGUAUUGCUUUUCACACUCAAAUAGCCUCCAUUAUGGAGGUGUUAGCGAAUGCAGCCGUGGCAGAAGUCUGUAAACUCGUAGACGACGACUAUGCAGUGUUUCGUUUGGAAAUAACUCAAAGCCAGAAAGAAAACAGGACAUUACGGAGGAAACUACAGCUACUGGAACUGAAGGUGGCACGAGAGCGCGUCCUUAUCAGUCGUCCCAGUAGUGUCAAGAUCCUCGACAGAUACAGAGGAAUGGCAACAGGUGAAGGACAUCUCACUGGAGGCCACAGGAGCUUUGUGAAGCCAACGGGACACAAUACAUGGAGAGAUGACCAACCAAUCACUGUUGAUGAGGGGAGUGGAACCUCAACCCAGCAAGUUAUCGUGAUAGAGUCUGCAGAUACAGAGGCUGCAAGUCCUGGGGUCAAGCAGGAGAGGUCUGUAGGAGAGGAGGACCCAAGACACAGCAGAGACAUCCAGACUGGAGUGGCUGGAAAGCACCUUGUAGCCACCGAGGACCUUGCCACCACCACCGUGCCCCAGGCCUGGACCCAACCUAGCAUCACAGAGGAGGAUGAGGAGGUGCUGCUGGUGAAGGAGGAGGGUCUGGGGAACACUGAGGGGACCAUGGUCAUGGAUGACAACCAGACUACACCUCCUCCUGAACCCACAGAGGAACCAGCUGAGCAGCACAGGACCACACACAGUCUCACUGAGUCAGUAGACAUGGAGGAUGGGAAGCCUGAUCUGCUGAUAGUCAAAGUGGAGACAAUAGAAGACGAACCAGAGAGCAUUGAUCUGCUGAGUGGACUAAAGAUGGGGGAGCAAGGUGGUUGGCCGGAGCCUAACAAGGGAGACUGGGCAGCCAUCUUGGAAUCCCAGACGGCCGCAGCCAAGGACCCAGGGGACCACAUCACUGAGCAGGGCGAGAUAGUGGAGUCUGCAGUCCAUGAGGACCUGCUGAUUUCUGGUGUUGCUGACGGGAGAGACUGGACCUCUGAAGUGGCUGGUCACAAAUCCUGGCCCCGGAUCAGGACCCUGGAUCAGGAGUCAUCGCUCUUCCUUCCCGAGUCGCAACUAGGACCAAACCAAGAGGGACAGAGACUCCACCACCACACAGAACACAACCAGUGGACAGGAGGACUGAACAACCUCAGUCCUGGUGGUCAUCAGAGAGACCGAGGCUCCAGUCAGGGAUCCAGUCUGCAGCCCAGACCCUUCUCUCCACAGUCUCAGUGCAGGGAUGAAGCAGGGCCUGGGGCUGAUAGAGAUAGACCCUCCUGUUCCUAUGAUGCAAACACCACAUUAUCCAUGAUGAACAGAGCAGAUCACCCUGGGCUUCAGCCUUCACAGAGAGUGGUGGGAGACCCCCCUGGCGGUAGUCUUUCAGGAAGUCUGUCUUCAGGGUCUCGUCUAAUGCCUGGUGACUGGGUUCAUAGAAGGCCUGGACCUGGGUCUAGCCUUCCUCAGCUACCUCAUGGUUACCCCACAAAUACAGACAGGGUCAGGAUGGACGUUCACGAGAAGUACUUAGCUUAUAACACAGCACACAAACCCAACAACACCCAAACAAUGGCUAGAGGUCAAGGAGGGAACUCAAAGACUAACCCCCUGAGGGUGGUGGCUCCUGCUUCUACCUCCUCGGGUGUCAUUGGGUCACAACGUGGGAGGCCGAGCAAUAGGACAGACGCCGACAAGCCGUACGCCUGCCUCACGUGUGGGAAGCGUUUCGCUGAGGCGAACUAUGUGAAGAAGCACCAGACUGUUCACACAAAGGAGAGGCCCUUUAAGUGUAAGCUGUGUUACAAGAGCUUCUCCUUCCAGAAUAACCUUAUCAGACACAGGAGUGUCCACAAUGGGAAGAAAUCAUAGAAGCGUAUGAGUUUUACACAGGGCAUAUCUGGGAACCAUUAUUUAUCUGACAUACACUAAAUGGACACCCCUUCAAAUUGGUGACAGGUGUUUACAAUCGAGCACACAGACAUGCAAUCUCCAAAGACAAACAUUGGCAGUAGAAUGGCCCAUACUGAAGAGCUCAAUGACCUUCAACAUGGCACCAUCAUAGGAUGCCUUCAUUCCAACAGUCAGUUCAUCACGUUUCUGCCCUGCUAGAGCUGCCCCGGUCAACUCUAAGAGCUGUUAUUGUGAAGUGGAAAUGUCUAGGAGCAACCACAGCUCAGCCACGAAGUAGUAGGCCACACAAGCUCACAGAACGGGACUGUCGAGUGCUGAAAAUCGUAGCUCAUAAAAAUCGUCUGUCCUCGGUUGCAACACUCACUACUGAGUUCCAAACUGCCUCUGGAAGGAACAUCGGCACAAAAACUGUUCGUCGGGAGCUUCAUGAAAUGGGUUUCCAUGGCUGAGCAGCCGCACACAAGCCUAAGAUCACCAUGCGCAAUGCCAA